AUGAGGCGUAAAUCGACAACUAAAGAAGGGGCAAUACAAGUGUUCUUACCGCAUCACGCAGUAUUCAAAGAAAGCAGCACCACUACGAAAACAAGGGUAGUUUUUGAUGCUUCGAGCAAAGGGGCGAGGGAUAUAUCUAAGAUGUAUAGACAAAUAUUUGUACACGAAGAUCAAACCGCGUUGCAAUCAAUUUUGUGGCGGGAGGAUCCGACAACGGAUAUCGAAGAAUAUGAGCUACUAACAAUAACUUACGGUACAAAACCGGCAUCUUUCCUAGCAGUAAGGUGCUUGCACCAAUUAGCGGAAUUAGAGAAAGAAAAAUUUCCCAAAGCAGCAGAAGUAGUUUUAAAAGAUUUCUACAUUGACGAUCUGUUAACAGGGGGAAACUCUAUCGAAGAAGUUAAAGAAUUAAAGAAUCAAUUAAUAGGGUUACUAGCUAAGGGCGGAUUCGAGUUACACAAAUGGAACACAAACGUAGUUGAUACAAAAGAAAAAGAUCCGAAUAAAAGAACAAGGAUACGGUGGAACCCUUCGAGCGAUGCAUUCCACUACGAGGUGGAGUCGAGAGAUCACGAAAAGCGUACAACAAAGCGAACUAUGUUGUCACAAAUCUGCAAAUUGUUUGACCCAUUGGGCUUAGUAGGGCCUAUUAUAACACUAGCGAAAAUAUUGAUGCAAAAAUUGUGGAGUCUUGGCCUAGAUUGGGACGAGUCAGUUCCUAUGAGCAUAUAUAAGGAGUGGCAUCAGCUAAAAUCGCAAUUGAAUCUAUUAAACAGAUUGAAAAUUCCUAGAGCAAUAAUGAUUGGUAAUACAGGCACAAGGAUACAGCUACAUGGAUUUUGCGAUGCGAGCGAAAAGGCAUACGGAGCCUGCGUAUACAUAAGAGAGCAAAUAGCGUCAGACAAAAUAGGGAUUGCUUUAGUAUGUUCAAAAUCUAGGGUAGCACCCAUGAAAACUUUAUCGUUGCCGCGACUAGAGUUGUGCGGAGCGGUCUUGUUGGCAAAUUUAAUGAAACGCGUGUUGGACAGUUUAAACAUAAAAAUAAGCCAAAGAUAUUUCUGGUGCGAUUCCAAAAUUGUUAUAACGUGGAUAAGGUCGUCAUCCCGAAAAUGGCAGACCUUCGUAGCAAACCGAGCGAGCGAAAUUCAAAGCAUUUCUUCCCCUUCCGAAUGGCAUCAUAUAAAAUCGAAAGAAAAUCCCGCGGAUUUAAUUUCAAGAGGAGAAACCUCCGAACAUUUAAUAAAUACAAAGUUGUGGUGGCAAGGGCUUCCAUGGCUACAAGCUAACGAGGAAACGUGGCCGAUGGAAGGUGAGGAAUUGCUUUUGACAAACGCACCAGAAAUGAGAAAACAAGCUGUGAUUGCAAUAACAACCAAAGAAGAACCAUUAUUAGAUUAUAAUAGACACUCCACAUUAGUUAAGUUAAUAAAUAUCGUUGCUUAUAUGUUAAGAUUUAUAGAGAAUACAAAAUGCAAAAAUGAAAACAAAGAAGCUAAGUUAGGUAAAAUAACGUUACAAGAAAAACGCAAGGCAAAAUUAAGGUUAAUUAAACUUAUACAAACCGAGGAAUAUAAUGAAGAAUUAAACGCGUUACAGGCUAAAAAUAAAGUAUCGUUGAAGUCGAAAUUAAAAACUCUCCAUCCGUUCCUGGACGAUGAAGGCGUCAUACGGGUCGGAGGAAGGCUUCAGCAAGCGUCACUGCCGGAAGGAACAAAACAUCCUAUCGUCAUCCCAGCAGCACAUCACUUCACCACUCUAGUGAUAAAUCAUUAUCAUGAGAAACUGCUCCAUGUAGGUGCGCAGACCAUGCUGUAUGCUAUUCGAGAAGAAUUUUGGCCAAUUCAAGCGAGGAAUAAAAUAAAGAAGAUAAUUCGACAGUGCGUCAAAUGUCGCAAGGCCAACCCAACGGUCGGUUGGCAGUUAAUGGGACAGUUACCCUCCGUGAGAGUGAAUGCUGGCAGACCAUUUUUGAGCAGCGGAGUAGACUACUGCAGGCCGUUCCAGGUGAGAGAUAGAAUUCGCCGGAACGCCAAGGCAUACAAGGCCUACGUAGCCAUAUUUGUGUGCAUGAGCACGAAGGCGGUGCACAUCGAGUUGGUGGAGGAUCUGACAGCGGAAUCAUUCAUAGCCGCUCUAAAAAGAUUUGUGUCACGUCGAGGAAGAGCAAGCGAUUUAUACUCAGACAAUGGAACAAACUUUGUAGGAGCAGAACGAAUACUACGAGAAAUUAUGAACACUGAAGAAUUUAAAAAUUUGGUACAAGAAUACGCAACAUCAGAGCAAAUAAACUGGCAUUUUAUCCCGGCAAGGUCGCCUCAUUGCGGAGGCAUCUGGGAAGCAGCGGUUCGAUCCAUGAAGUUGCACUUAAAAAGAAUAAUAGGCGAAACAUGCCUCACUGUGGCUGAGAUGAACACUGUUCUAACUCAAGUGGAAGCCAUACUUAAUUCGAGGCCUCUGACAGCAAUAUCGGACGACGUCAAUGAUAUGAGAGCACUAACACCCGGCCAUUUUUUAAUUGGCGAAAGUCUACAAGAUUAUCCUGAGCAAAACAUGAAAGAAAUUCCAAUCAACCGAUUAGCAAUGUGGCAGCACAUCGAACAACUCCGACAACACUUCUGGUCCCGCUGGCAAAAGGAGUACCUCGUUACUUGUCAAGAGAGAAACAAAUGGCGAACAGAAGCAGAAAGAGCAUUUAAGGUGGGCCAAUUAGUCAUGCUAAAGCAAACUGAGAGCAUGCCUUUAAAAUGGACUCUGGCAAGAAUUGAAGAAAUUCACCCAGGAACGGAUGGAUUGGUUAGAGUUGUCACAGUGCGUACCGAAAAGGAUGAAAAUGUGGAUACUGAAUAUAACACUAGAGAUAACACUGAUAUACAUAAUUUAACAUCAGACGAAUAUGUGGAUACUGAAGAUAACACUCAGACACAUAAUUUAACAUCAGAUGAAAAUGUGGAUACUGAAGAUAACACUGGAGAUAACACUGAUAUACAUAAUUUAACAUCAGAUGAAUAUGUGAAUAUUAAAGAUAACACUCAUGUACAUAAUUUAACAUCAGAUGAUCAUGUGUAUGAUAUGUGUACUGAUACAAAAUCAAACACAUCACAUAAUAUAGAAAAUGAAGCAAAAAUUAAUAUACAAAGAAGAAUGCCAUUACAAAAACUGAAUCAUGAAGAUGUACAAACAAGAAUGCCAUUGCAAGAACUAAAUCAUGAGGAUGUACAAAGAAAAUUAUCAUUACAAGAACUAAAUCUUAAGGAAAGAUAUAAUUUACGCGUAAAAUGUCAUAAAAAAGGACAGAAAUUUUUAAACACUGAUAAAGACGAUGAAAUGAUAUAUAAAGCGCCGUAA